GGGCUUAGGUCAUUUCUAUGAUUAGUUAAAAAAAUGACAAUGUGCCACAGCUGAUCAGCAUAUUUUUUUUUCCGUCAAAAAGUUGUAUAUAUUUUUAAUUACCGAUAAAAAAUCAUAUUCUCUUUCCGUAACAGAAAAAAUACCUAUUAAUUUUAGGACAUUAUUUAUAUUUAUAAUAUUUAUACCAAUAUCCAAACAUAUAAACUUUUAAUAUAAUUUUUAAAGUUAAAAUGCUUCAGCUAGAAUACUGGCAGUAAGAAUUGCAAUUACACAGGAGGAAAGUUUUUUUAUUGAAAGAAAGCGUAGAAUAUCUGCCCCAAUAUCACCGUUACUUUUUCAUCUGAGAACAGAUUAGGCUAUUAUUCCCAAUGAUGAUAGAUGGAUUUACGUUUAAUACUGACUUUAAUAAUGGAUGUCUUAUCUGUUAUAAUAAUAAAUCCCGCAUAUUCAAAUAAUAAACAGAAUGAGAUGAUUGAAGUGUAUAUUAUAAUUGUUGCUUUGUUUCACUUUUGCCAUAUUAUUAGUAUUUAUUCCAUUUGUAAAAUUUAAAAUUUCUCAAACCAACAUGAAACUAAUUGUAUUAAAUUAUAUCAAGUUUGACUCAAUCGAUCAAAUAUUUACAAAAGAAAAAUAAAAAAAAAAUAAUUUCAUAGAUCUAAUAUUUAAUUUUUUAAUUAAAA